AUCACCGGAGAGCUACUGCAAAGCUCUCCCCCUUUCCUCUGGUUGCCCGGGAGGCACAUCUGAGGGCCUCAGAAUCUCCAGAUAAUUCGAGUGAUCCUCUCCGCAGGAACGCAGUAAGAUUGUACGAGUACGGUACUGUAAGAGUGUUUUCGUCUAUCCGUUUCGUACUGUGGUCGUGGGCACGGCUUAGGUAAGUUAAAGUGGAUACGUUGUGCUGGGGAUAUCGAGACGCGUGCCCCAGUGUCGUAGACAAAGAGUACCCUCUUCCGAUUUUCAGCUUUAGCUUCUUCCCAUGUCGUGCAUACUGUAACAUUUCUACUCUCUCACCGGCCCCUUUCCUGCUGUGCCUCACAAUUCUGGCCCUUUUACCUCGCUGUGGGAAUACCGGUGCUGUUUUAGAGAAAUGUUUGCGUCGAACGGGGGGUUUCCUGCUCACGGAGGUGUGCCGGUGGAUCCCUUAGAUUCUGGUAUCAUGGCUCCCCCACUAUUGGAGGCUCCCGCGAGUCAAUUGAAGCUAUUCUGCUAACAAACAGUCAAUCCUAAAGCCGAUUAUGAUCCAAUAAUCCAUCUCAAUACUUUAUUCUCACACCCUUCUACGUUAUCCGCCGUGCCUUCAACCUCCCAUGCACUGCACAAUCACCUCGAUUCGCUAGAUAACGAAAUCACACAGCUGGUUGUAACCCAAUCUACUACAAAUGCGGACUCCCUUGCCCGUAUCUCCUCCGCAAAGGCAGAGCUAGCCGGUCUCUUGGAGAACGUCGAUGCUGUUCGGGAGAGGGCCAUCAGGACUGAAGAUUCCAUUUCUGCCAUGACCGCCGACAUCAAGAAGCUGGAUUCGACGAAACGGAAUUUGACAUUAUCAAUGACAGUCCUCAAGAGAUUGCAGAUGUUGAGUGGGUGCCUCCCGUGAUAUCCGGUUCGAGGAAUAACUUUUGUUGACUCUUGGCACAUCAUAGCAACGGCUUACGAACAAUUGAAGACUCAGUCUAAAAAUCGACAAUACCGGGAAUGCGCUUCGCUCAUGUCUGCGGUCCUAGAGCUUAUGGCGCAUUUCCGGUCAUUCCGGUCUAUCGAUCAGAUUGCUACACUCAGUCGAAACGUUGCAGAUCUUAGGGCCGAGCUUCUGGAGCAAGUUUGUGAGGAUUUCGAGAUGGUAUUCGUCAAGGGGGAGGUCUCUGCCAGAAAGGGAAUGCUGUCUGAGGCGUGCACGGUCAUGGAUGCACUUGGGGAUGGAGCAAGAGCUAGGCUUGUAACCUGGUAUUGUAAUACACAAUUAAGAGAGUACCGUCAAGUCUUUAGGGGUAAUGAUGAAGCUGGUUCACUCGACAACAUAUCUCGGAGGUAUGCAUGGCUCAAGCGGAUAUUGAAGGUGUACGACGACGAACAUACCGGCAUAUUUCCCCUAUCUUGGAAAGUUGAUGAGAUGUUGGUCAAGAGCUUCUGUGAUGGUACUAGGGACGACUUUAAAGGAAUAUUACAGCGAGCCAUGCGGAAGGAAGGCGGAAAGAGUCUAGAUGUAAAUCUGUUACUUAAAUGUCUGCAAGAGACACUGGAUUUCGAACAUUACCUCGAAAGGAGGUUCAGUGCAGAUGUGAGUAGGAAGGAUAUUAUACUAAACAAAUUCUCUGUACGUCAAUUAUUCGGGCUAACGUUUUGAACCAACCAGAGAAUGUCAAUUGAUACCGUGAGCUCAAGAGACGAAAGGCCGUUGAUUUUCGGAAAAGCAAUAUCAGAGGCCUUUGAACCAUAUCUAUCCCUGUGGGUAGAUGACCUUGAUAGGUAAGUACAACCUAUGCUAACCCCAUUUUCGAACCCACCCCUGACCUAUAGGUUCGUCAAGGCAACUCUCCACUAUGAUACCAAAGUACCGGAUCCAGCCUCUUCGGCUCAGGGACGAAGACUUCACUCCUUCUUCGUCAGUCUUGCCAUCCUCAAUCGAGCUGUUUCAUUUCUACCGUCUCUCAUUGGCACAAUGCGCCAAGCUCUCCACAGGAUCCAAGCUUCUUGAUUUAUCAAUGAUAUUUGCCAAAUAUCUCGACCAGUAUGCUGAAGCUGUGCUGCUGAACUACUUUUCCCCUAUGGAAAAGGCUGGAACAUUAGCUGGGGAGGACAUCGUGGUUGUGUUGAAUACAGCAGACUAUGCUCAUGCAACAACUCAACAGCUGGAGGACAAGGUUAAGUCGAAAGUCGAUCCUGAGUUCUCCUCUAAGGUCGAUUUCGAGAAGCAGCAGGACGCCUUUUUGGGUGUUGUGACAUCUGCAAUCCGAUUACUCGUCAGAAAGGUAGAAGUUGCCGCAGAGCCAGCUUGGAGAGAGAUGAGGAAUACACCUUGGAGUAGGCUAGAGACCGCGGGCGACCAGAGUGGUUAUGUCAAUGUUUUCAUGGGUAGUGUCAAAGAAACUGUUGGGGAAAUACUAGCAUUGACAGGAAAGGAGACAUACCAAAGGGCAUUUUGUGAUAAGGUUGUUGAAGCUAUGGUUUCUGGAUUUUUGUUCAGUCUUGUUGCCUGCAGGCCUAUUGGCGGUGGUGCAGGAGCUGAGCAGGUCAGUACCUUUCCCAUUAUCUAUCGUGCUCUUUGUGAGCUACAUCUUUGGACCAUUGAAUUGGGCUGACAACUUGCACCUUGAAUCUAGAUGCUCCUUGAUGCAUAUGUUAUGAGGAAAGGAUUUGAAGAUCUAUUAACUCUUAAGGCUGAACCAGGCACUGCGCCCCCAGCAAGGCACGUCUUUUUACAUCGCAACAAUGAUUCAACUCUUUACAAUGCACCACUGACCCUCCUUCCUUAGUUAUAUCAAGCACGUUCAACGCUCCAUGUCAAAGAUAGACGCCCUCCUAAAAACUCUCCAAGUCCAGUCCUCACCACCAGAAUGCCUAGUACAAGCAUACCUAAUCCACGUCUGUGACAAAUCUGACACCAACUUCCGCAAAAUCCUAGACCUCAAGGGAAUCCGCAGGCAAGACCAAGCUUCAUUCGUCGAGCUGUUCCGAGCACACAUGGUUACCCACGAUAAUUUGGUAGAGGCAAAUCCGUUUAUUUCCGCACUUCUUAUUCCGACCGGCAAUAUCGGCGCUCCAGGCGGGGCUAGUAGCAUGGGAGGUGCGAGUGGCAAUGGCAUGAUUGGCAGUAGUAGUGGUGGUGGGCUGGCUGGUGGCGUCGGUGGACUCUCUGGGCCUUCUGGAUUAGUACCAGCAAGGUUUGAUCCCGCAAGUUUGGGAUCCGCAAUCAUGAAUGCCGCUAGAGAUGGGGUGGAUAGACUACAAACGCCUGUGUCCACAUCCUCCGAUGGGGGCAAUGGUGGACAGAAUCAAAUUGAGUCUGGAGAGCGAAUAUUCGAGAGGCAUCUUGGAAGGCUAUUCAAGCGUGAUGGGAGUGGGAUUGGAAUGAGCACGAGGUUUAGCAGAGACGGGGGCUAGAGCACCCCUCGUCAACGAACCGUCUCCUGCUCGUGUAAUAUAGUAUACCUUAGAACCGAGACGAAGGGCGAGAAGAGCGAAACCUUGAUGAAUUUUCUCGUUUUCAUUCUAUACAUAUAUUUACCCCCACAAUGAUUGGUUACGU